GAGGGACUUAGCUUUUCCGAGCUUGACCAGCAUGUGGAAGGAGUGCUCUCAUGGCUGCAAUAACUUAGGGAGCCCCUACCUGAGUGCCACUGGGGCAGGAAAUUUUCUGUUUGUUUUGUUCUGUUUCCGAGGGUCCGGUGCACUUCUCUUGCCCAUGUCAACGUGACUCUUGGUAGUUUUUGCACACCCUGCUCUGUGGGGGAGUGCCCCAACGUGCCUGUCUUAUGUGGCCUCUAUGGACUCACUGCUCAGCUGGCAGAGAGCAGGGAAGUUUUCUCCCAGCACCCAAAAAGAGAAAGAGGAAACUACUUUUUUCUUUUGGGCUCCUUGCAGCACAAUAGAUCAGGAUAAGCUUCCACAUUCCCUCCCUGGAUUUCUGGAGUGGUUUCCAGGAAGAAGUUAAAUCUUCACCUUUAAAUGGAUGACCAUGUCACAAUCAGGAAGAAACAUCUCCAAAGACCCAUCUUUAGACUAAGAUGCUUAGUGAAGCAGCUGGAAAAAGGUGAUGUUAACAUCAUAGACUUAAAGAAGAAUAUUGAAUAUGCAGCAUCUGUGCUGGAAGCGGUUUAUAUUGAUGAAACAAGAAGACUGCUGGACACCGAUGAUGAGCUCAGUGACAUUCAGUCAGAUUCAGUCCCAUUGGAAGUCCGGGACUGGUUGGCUUCUACCUUUACACGGAAAAUGGGGAUGAUGAAAAAGAAAUCUGAGGAAAAACCAAAAUUUCGGAGCAUUGUGCAUGCUGUUCAAGCUGGAAUUUUUGUGGAGAGGAUGUACAGAAAGUCCUAUCACAUGGUUGGUUUGGCAUAUCCAGAGGCUGUCAUAAUAACAUUAAAGGAUGUUGAUAAAUGGUCUUUUGAUGUAUUUGCCUUAAAUGAAGCAAGUGGAGAACAUAGUUUGAAGUUUAUGAUUUAUGAACUGUUUACCAGAUACGAUCUUAUCAACCGUUUCAAGAUUCCUGUUUCUUGCCUAAUUGCCUUUGCAGAAGCUUUAGAAGUUGGUUACAGCAAGUACAAAAAUCCUUAUCACAAUCUGAUUCACGCAGCGGAUGUCACUCAAACUGUGCAUUACAUAAUGCUUCAUACAGGUAUCAUGCACUGGCUCACUGAACUGGAAAUUUUAGCAAUGGUCUUUGCUGCUGCCAUUCAUGAUUACGAGCAUACAGGAACCACAAACAACUUCCAUAUUCAGACAAGGUCAGAUGUUGCUGUUUUGUAUAAUGAUCGAUCCGUCCUUGAGAAUCACCAUGUGAGUGCAGCUUAUCGACUUAUGCAAGAAGAAGAAAUGAAUGUCUUGAUAAAUUUGUCCAAAGAUGACUGGAGGGAUCUUCGGAACCUAGUAAUUGAAAUGGUUUUGUCUACAGACAUGUCGAGUCACUUCCAGCAAAUUAAAAAUAUAAGAAACAGUUUGCAGCAGCCUGAAGGGAUCGACAGAGCCAAAACCAUGUCCCUGAUUCUCCACGCAGCAGACAUCAGCCAUCCAGCCAAAUGCUGGCAGCUGCACCACCGGUGGACCAUGGCCCUGAUGGAGGAGUUUUUCCGACAGGGAGAUAAAGAAGCUGAAUUAGGACUUCCGUUUUCUCCACUUUGUGAUCGGAAGUCAACCAUUGUGGCCCAGUCACAAAUAGGUUUUAUCGAUUUCAUAGUAGAGCCAACAUUUUCUCUUCUGACAGACUCAACAGAGAAAAUUAUUAUUCCUCUUAUAGAGGAAGACUCGAAAACCGCGAAUUCUUCCUACGGGGCAAACAGACGAUCAAAUAUGAAAGGCACCAUGAACGAUGGAACCUAUUCCCCAGACUACUCCCUUGCAAGUGUGGACCUGAAGAGCUUCAAAAACAACCUAGUGGACAUCAUCCAGCAGAACAAGGAGAGAUGGAAAGAGCUGGCUGCGCAAGGUGAACCUGAUCUUCAUAGGAACUCAGAAGAUCGAGUAAAUGUUGAAGAAAAAUGUGCUGAUACACAUUCAUAGGUUUGAAACACCAUAAGGGCUUCUGUCAUUUUAAAUAUGAGAGGAUAAUGAGAACAGUCCUAAGUCCUCAACUUUCCACAAAGCUAUAUUCUCCUCUUUCAACACAUGCUUGGUUCAGGCCAUUUUUAUGGACUCCUAUAUAAGGAAUUCAUAAGAAGAACAUAAAUUCUGAGGUAGUUACUCUGGUCAAAUAAAUACAAAAUUGCUAUCAGAGGUCUGGCCAGUGCUUCUGUCAUCAUUUUUCCUCCACAAUUUGGCCUUCUUCAAUCAAGCCUGAGAAAAUUUGAAGACGAAAGUUGGACAGUUUUAAAUUGUCAUCACUUUAACCCAGGUGUAGCAUAGGUGACUGUGCUAUACAUGUGCAGAAGAUGAGGCCUUUUUAAAACUUACUCUCUUCCAUUGUUUUACAGAAUGCUGUAACUACGGUAUUUUAAGGUCUUAAGUAAAAGGAAAGCAAAAAAAAAUUAUGGAAAAAUAUUUUUUACGGCUCUGAGGAGCAGGCCAUUCAGAUUGUCAUUUUACAUACAUGGAAACAAAUCGAGAGGCAGGGCUGUUUGGAAGCUGUAGUUGAAGUCCUAUGACAACAAUGGAGCUUCAUAGCCCUGGCCCUGGCACCGGAUGGACGUGUCGUCGUAACUCUGAAGUUGGGAAACCACAGUGAAACCUGUCCCUGAAACUAGUGGACCAGCUUGCAUCCAUACCUGUGGCUUCAAAGCUCUAAUGCUUCACCUACAUGGACUUCAUCACCAUGCAAGUGACAUGUUACCUGCAGUCCAAGAUGACAAGAACCUUCAGCCAUAGUUGGACAUAAGCAGUAGAAAUGAGAAUGGAAUUUGCCUUCCGAGGUGUUGAUCCAUGUAUUAUAGCCAUGGGAUAGUGUGAGAAGUGUGUGUGUGUGUGUGUGUGUGUGUGUGUAUGUGUGUGUAUUCAAAAAUGUCUAUGAGAAAGGAAGCCCGUACUUUUCUGUACAGAUAACGUUAUUUGACGUGACUGUAUGUUUUACUACACAGAAACACACUGCCACCCUUGGAGACUCUGCUUCCUUGUCAUGUUUUGCCUGAGCAUGUGCAGAGCUUUCCUUUACUCCACACUGAAGAACUACCUUUAUUUGUUAUUAGCGGACAAAAAAGGUCAAGCACAAUUAGGUGUUGUAACUUUUCACUGUAUAAACACUUCAGUGAUUGUGAGACAAAGUGAAUUUGUUUUUGUGAAAGGUAGGAAUUAGAUGGAAAAAAUCAAGAGUAGCCAUCAAUUAAAGAAUAACGUAAAGGGAGGGUAUGUGUGUCCUAAAAAGUUUUCUGUUGCAUCUGCUUCUUUUUGGGUUCCACAAUGCUAAGCAAUAUUUUAGAAAUGGAUACAAUCAGAAGCUUUUAAGUCUAAGGAGUGUGAUUUUAUAACUCACGACUUGGAGCUCUUUUAAUGUGUAAGCCAUAUUCUAUAUGCAUAUUAGGUAUGCAUCAUUCUAAUUUAAAAUAUAUUUGUGCAUAGACUGUGUAAAAAGUGCUUUUAAAUGUUCUGUGAAUAGGUCCUUAGCUUCUGUUUCACCUGAAUCUUGUGUAGAACACAGCUAAAUAAUUGAAUUGUAUCAUAGACAUUAUAAUGCAAUUGAUAUUUUAAAUGUAAGCAGUAAAGGUUGAUCUUUAAUAUGCUGGGGGGACAUGUAUAGAUAUGUACAUCAUGGUGACUUUUUGUCCUUUAGAAAAAGUAUUUUUAUUUCUAUUUAUGGAGAAACUAUAAGUAUUGCUUUUAAUGUCUUUUUUAAAUAGCUAUUUACCAGCUAGAAAAUAUUCUGCAUUUGAAAUAGAAUCUGAUGCUGUAAAGUCUAAUAACUUUUGUUCCUAUUUGAGCCAGUUGUCUUUCGCUAAAGCUGUAGAAUCUCUAGAAGAAAAAUACAUUGAAACACAGCUUCUCAAUUGUCAUAGGAAACAUGUCCACUUUGGUUUCAUUAAUACUUCAAGAUCUAGAGACAUUGUUAUUAAAAAAAAUAGAUGAAUAUAAUGAAUUUAUCAAUUUCUGUAUGUGGGCUUUCACCUAAUUUUCCAGGUUAUAUGACUUAUAGAGUACUGUACCUGAACUUCAGAGGGAGUAAAGAAAGCAUGCUCCAUUUCCUCAGAAGAGUUGUCACGCUGUUGAUGUACUUUUUCUUUUCCAAUAUCCGUCCCUUUCUCUCUCUCUUCCCUCACCUCCCUACUUCUUUCCUUUUCAUUUCUUUAUUUCUUCCUUCUUUACUAACUAGUGUUCAUGAGAGAGGAAGUCAGAGCAGAGGUUACCAGUGCCCACCCCUUCUGCAAACAUCACAGUUGAGUCCAUCAUGAUGAAAAGGAUUGACGCUUUAUAAAGUCUGCUGCACCUUGAAUGUCCUGCUUUGCAUUUUUAUCCUCAGCUACCCAACAUAUCGCUAACAUUUUCACAUGCCUUUUCAUUUAACCAGUACCUCUUAAUUUUUAACAUUGACAAACUACAAUUCUUGUGUUUUUAUUCUGCUGUAAUUCUCAGUAUUUCUUACUACAUAUGAUAGUUAAAUAAACUGUACUUGAGGGAAAAUAUUGUGAAACGUUUGGUGUCUGAUGUAAUUCAAUUUGGUGGGGCAUUGAAAAGUUGGAGUAAUCAGAGAAAACGAAAAGUACACCAACUUAAAAAUUGAUGCAAGUCUUGUCAGAAAGUGAUUUUUGCUCUAUUAAAGGAAUAUUCAUUGAACAUUUAUUAUUAUAUCUAUUAUUUGCAAGCCCCUUCCUAGAUACAUGGUGUAUAUAAGAAUCUGGAAACCUAAAUCUUUCUCUAGAAAUUUCAUAUCUUCUAGAGGAAAUAAUCUAUACACAAAAUAACGAAAAUGCUACAUAUGAAAGUAACUAAAUACAAAUAAAAUGCACCUCUGGAUAUUAAAGGAAGUAAAGAUUGCUUCCAUCUUCAGGGCUUCCAAGAAGACUUCAUAGAAUAGGUGGCCGUGGGUUGACAAUUCAAUAAUGAAUAAUAACAAAAGCUCAUAUUCACUGCCUGUUUUCUAUGUACAGCCUCCAUGUAAACUCUUACAGACAUUCUCUCUAACCUCAAUAAUCCACAAUAAUCCAGCCAAGAGGGUACUGAUAACUGAUAUGAGUAAGGAAACCAAGUCUCAGAGAAGGAGCCUCAACAAAGGCCAUGCAGGUCUCUCUGCCACCGAAGACCUCUUUUUCUUUCUGCUGCAUCUGUGUAGAGUGGGACAGAAGUACAGUGGAAAAGGAAAGCUCUGUGAAGGACAUUGUGAAUAAGGUAACACUGGAGAAUAAUAAAGAAGCAAAGAAUGUCAAGUCCAGGUGAAAACCUAGAGAGUUUCAAUUAAUUGAAUUAAGAGCAAGUGUGACACAAUAUGUGCCACCUCUUAGGCUUGUGUCUCCAAAAUGCUAAGGUAUUCCCAAUGAAAAUAUAAAAAUGUAUCUUGCCAUCAGCUACACGACACUUAACUGAGCUUUUUACUCUACAUGUAAUUUCACGAUAAAUUUCCACCUAACAUCAGAAAGCUCUCAAAGGCCAUAUUUUAAUUUUAAAAUAUAAUUUAGAUAUAAAACAUGUAUUUCCUUUGGAAGAUAUGUUAAGCCUUCUGUUCUGUGUCUAAUUGCUUUUCUAAAUAUUACAAUGCUUAUCCACCAUUUAGUGCAAGCCUUAAACAAUAAAGACAAUAUAUAUUUUAGAGUCAAAAAGCAAACUCCAAAUAAUGUCUCACAUUACAUGCAUGUCAUUUCUUUGGAGGAAAUCCCAAAUAUUUAAAAAACAAAUCCUAUAUAUGGACCAAUAUGUAUAUUUAAAGAUUUAUUUGGGGCUAUUUAUCCUUUAGUAAUAUUAAGAGAUUUCUAGAUCAUUUGCUUAAUAUUUGUGAUCGUUGGAGAGCUUUGCAUCUCAAGCUGAUACAUUUUUAUCUUUGACAGUUAGACAUUACAAUUUUUUAGUGUUUAUUAUAGUCUCACUGCUGUGUUACAUUACUUCUGACAUCUCUUUUACUCCCUGUAACUAUUCUUUACGGAAUUGUUAUCCCCAUUUACGGAGGAGGAACCAUAGAAAAGGAAGGUAAAAUAAUCUUUGUAAGGUCAUGCAGCUAGUAGGUGGAGAAGCCUGGAUCCGAUGUCUAAGGGAGUGUGACUCCCCAAAUUGUUAGGUUAGACUGCCUCUGGCCAUUGUAGGAGGGUGUCAUGUCUUUUCCAACUGCCAUAUCUAUUCCUUCCUUCCCUAUCCUUUAGUCCAUUCUACUCUUUAGUCCAUGUCCAAGCACGUGUCCCUAAAAAGUACCCCUCUGAGAAAGCACCAUUUCCAGUGACCAACAGCAGAGACAGGUAUGCUUUGGGGACUAAUUAAAUCAUGUAGUACAGCAGACAAGGUGCCUUUGAGAUCUGUGGAUGGAGGAAUUAUUUCUCAUGCUUAAUAUGUGACCUUAAACACUUGCUUUUCAAGUAACCAGUGGUGUUCAGUCUAGACCUUUGCUACUUAAAGUGUGGUCCCCACCUUGGAAUGUUUUAGAAAUGAAGAUUGUCAGGCCCCAUCCAGACCUACUAAACUGGAACUGACAUUUUAAGAAGAGAACGGGGUGAUUUCUAUGUAGAUCACUGUUCUAGAAAAUAAUGAAAUAUUAUAGAGGUAAUUCUAAACACCCGCUAAGCAUUUAAACGUGAGUUUGUUUUGCCCUACACUAAAUAAGAGGCUCCUGUGCUCUCAGACCUCUACUAUUCUCUCACAACUAAAGCAAAUCAAACCCCAAGGGAUGGCUGAACUGGAUAUAGUCUGUGAUUUCUUCAGUUUUUGAGGACAUUUCUAUAGCGUUAACACUUGGGUCAAUUUAAAGUUAAAUCAUAUUGUUUCUAUAAACAUUAUUGACCUACUUCUUCUUUCUAUUCAAAGAACACUGCAUUGUUUAGAUCUUUACCAUUUCACUGAUGUUCAGUAUUUGUCUUCUCUACUUCCAGCCCCUUUCACUUUUUCUUUUCUGCACACUGUUAUUAAAUCUGCUUCAUUCUUUGGUCUUACUGCUCUUCUCAAAAACAGUUUCUCUUCGUAUCCACCAGAGGUCAGCAAACUUUUUCCAUAAAGGAUCAGACAGUAAAUAUUUUAGAUUUUGCAGGCUACAUUUUAUCACACUGUCCCUUCUCCUCCUGCUUUUCCUUUAUUUUUCUUCUCCUCCUUCUUCCUCAUCUAAUUUUUCUUCUUCCUCCUCUUUUCCUUCUCUUCUUUAACAAAACUGCAAAAGCCAUUCUUAGCUUAGGGGACUGUGGCUGGCACACAUCAACAGGCCACAUGGCAGAUUUGGCCCAGGGGCCCACACCUGCUCUACACAAUGCUGCUUUUUCAGAUCAAGGAACUUGGUACCCUAGGGUAAGAAAAUGAGGCUGCUUUUGCCAAGAGUAAUUAUCCCAGGAGCUCCAGCUACCGCAGGGCCUGCCCAGCCACCCUAAGGACCGGAGCGAUCAAUAGCUCCUGUACACCCAUUACCCAUGGACAGCACACAUAGCAGUUUGGAAGGGCUGACUACAACACUGGUUCUCAACCUGUAGCAUCAGCAUCACCUGGAGGAUCUGUUAAACUACAGGCUGCUAAGCCACCUCCCACCCCCGAGAUUCUGAUUCAGCAUGUCUCCAGUAUGGCCCGAGGUAAUGCUAAUGCUACUGGAAUGGAGGUUUCACUUUGAGAGCCACUGGACUACAGGUAAAGCUUAAACUCCUUAGCUUAUCUUUCAAAGCCCUGCACAGUCUACUCCCAGCCUAUGAUUUAACCAUGGCCUUCACUGCAUCAUUCACGGUUCCUGGAUUUCUGCCAUGCCUUUCUACACAAUGCCUUCCCUGGGUAGAUAGAUUUUUCUGCUCCUUUUGUCAUCUUUACCUGUCACUAUUCCUCCUUCUUCCAAGGACCUGUGCAUAUGCCAGCUCUCCCAGAAAGCCUCUUCUCAUUACUGUGGUCAGAACUCUCAGACCCUCUUCUCCGCAUGAACACUGAUCUCUAGCCCUCUGUGCUGGAAAAUUGUAGCUCUCCAUGUCAUGUGCUCGCUGGCCGAUUUUAAGGUAAAGAAGACUGAUCCUUACACACAGUAGUUGUUCAGUAAAUUUUUGUUGAAUAAAUGAAUAUGAAUAAAUGAA